AUGUUCAGCAUCAAGGUGUUCCUACAGAAAACGCUGAUUCUUCUGCAGGUUACUCUGUCUGUUGUUGUUGGCAAAACACUAAUGAUACUGUUUCCCAAUGCCAUGAAAAGAUAUAUCCUAAAAAUGGGCGAAAAGAGCAGAAUGAACAAGAAUCCAAAGUUCAGCUAUGAAAACUGGGGUCCGACUUUUUUCAGCUUCAAGUAUUUGCUCUUUGUGCUGAAGGUGAAGUGGAAGAGGCUGGAAGAUGAAGCCUUCGAGGGACACCCUGCUCCCAACACGCCGGUGGUGACCCUCAACGGGGAAGUUCGUCACCUCUUGGAUUUCAUGGGAGAUAACCGUCCUUUAAUCCUGAAUUUUGGAAGUUGCACCUGACCUUCAUUUAUGCUAAAAUUUGAUGAGUUCAACAAGCUCAUCGAAGAUUUUGGCUCAGUAGCAGAUUUCCUUAUCAUCUACAUUGAGGAAGCUCAUGCAGUAGAUGGAUGGGCUUUUAAAAACAACGUUGUUAUUAAAAAUCACAGAAGCCUUGAAGAUCGAAAAAUUGCAGCACAAUUUCUUCAGAAAAAUAAUCCUUUAUGUCCAGUAGUUUUAGACACUAUGGAAAACCUGAGCAGCUCAAAAUACGCUGCGCUGCCAGAACGACUGUAUCUGCUUCAAGGAGGGAAAGUUAUCUACAAGGGAGGAUUUGGGCCUUGGAAUUACCACCCCCAGGAAAUACGUGCCAUCCUGGAAAAGCUGAAAUAGAAAAAGAAGAGGAUUCAGAGUAAAGACUGGAUAAAAAAGUUCAAGAACAAUUUCUCACAGACAUAACUGUAGAGAAAAAAAAAGAAUUUAAAAAUAACAAGAGACAACAAGAAAAGGAAUAUUUUAUGUACAUCUAAAGAGCAUCCGUAAUGGGGUUCAUUAUGUGUUUGUCCAGAGGCUUUCAAGUGUCAUCAUUACAACCCCAACUACUGCUCUGUACUAUCUUACUCCACUUAUACCACAAGCAGUAAUGUGGUAGCUGGGUCCAUUGAGCUCUCAUACCAACACUUAUAUUUGUAAGGACUGGAAACCAACAUUUACAUGUGUAAGGACUAUCCUGCAGGAUAAACUUCAGAGGUGCUGGCUCCUGCAAGAGUCUUCUGGCAUGCAAAGCAACUGAUUCAACAUUACUAAGGUUCUCUUUCUCUUGUAUACAUACGACUCUUCCUAAACACACACUUUUACUGACUUCAGGAGGCUUCUGAGCAAGGCAAUCUCCAUCUCCACUUGUUUCCAUGAAUAUUUGUUAUGGCGGCCACAGCAUAAAGCACUGACGGCUGUGACCUGAUUCUAGAAAAUAUUUAUAGAAACAAGGGAUUGAUCUGCAAUUAUUAAAAGUCUAUCAGAGCA